CAGCCCACUGUCCAGCAUCAGUCCCUCUCUCUACUGCCAGUGACAAAGACCAUGGCGCCCCUGUUACUUAUCACCCUCUCCCUCACCCUCCUCCUCACUCCAACCACAAGCCUUAACACGGUCGACACAGUUACUCCCUAUAUCCAGCCAGAUGGUCACGAAGUUCGAGCAAGCCUCUUCGUCAACCAGCUGGCGAUCAUGGAACUGGUCAGCCAACUGAAGCACGGGGUUGGAAUCUCCACUACCUCAUGCCAAGCCGUGGAGGAGAACUUGGUGAGCAUAUUGUCGACGGUGAACGAGACGUCGUCAAUAGUGUUGCAACUCUCCCAAGAAAACACAGCAGACAGCACCAGCGUGAGGGAGGCGCUGGCGGUGGUGCAGCAGCAGCAGCAGCAACAGCAGACUGACUUGGUUACUUCCCUCCACAACCAACACACAGGCGUUCAGCAUCAGCUAGAGAGAGUGACGUCUGCCAUGGAAGGCUUACAACAGCAGAUAUCACAGCUACAGGAGACGACUCAACCGUCCCUGCUAACCUGCCCUGGGGAGUUCUUCGUCUUAGAGCGUCAGUGUCUUCUCGUCAACAGGGAAGAAAAACUCAAGUGGGUCGACGCCCGUACUUGGUGCCGUAACAAAGGAGGCGACCUGGCUAUCCCUCAAGAAUCUCGCGCUCUCAUCUCUCUGUUGAAAUCAUUUAAAAUUAGUGACACCUUCUGGAUGGGUGCGUCUGACCUGGCUACAGAGGGAGUCUUUCUUGACGUGUCAAGCAAACCCAUCAAUUUGAUGUCACCAUUGUGGAAAGAAUCCGAUCCUAAUGACUACGGCGGAAAUGAAGACUGUUUCUUCAUACUAGAUUAUUCCGGUGUAUACAAUUGGUAUGAUGCUCGAUGUACACGUCAUGAAUAUUUUAUUUGUGAGCAUCAGCCAAUAUAAGAUAUAAUACAUCAGGUCCAUAGGUUAGUUGCGGUUCCUUUGUGACUGUGUGGUCCCUGAUGGCUAUGGCGGUUCAUCUUGUAGAGUCAAGAUGUCCUACCAGGCAGGUGUCUCUUUCCUCACUCCUACAGAGAUGAGUGGACACUGGACACACACACACACACACACACACACACUAUAUACAGUACAGUGUGCGUGAAUUUUAUUUUUGUACAAUAUAUCAGUAUUUUUAUUUUCACAGGUGUAUGUUAUGCCCUCUGUUAUCUUCACUAUUACAGUUCUCAUUAUCUAGACCAAUCAAGUUUAGCAUACCAAUAUCUGCCUUUUGUUAGUAAUAUUUUCUUUAACUGGUAUAAUAUGAUGUAAGGAGCUAACAUGUCUGUUAACUAGGUCACUACAGUGUUACCAACCACUUACAGUACAUGUAUUAGGUUGUAUAAAGUGCUUAUUGUGGUCAUUAUCACUCACAGAUUAGUGAUGAGGUCACUUAUGAAUAGAAUUGGAAUUGAUGUUAUAUCAAAAUAAUAAAAUGUGUUUGUUCAUGUGGCCAACGAGUUAUUUAUACUUUUUCAAAGUUUGUUCAACAUGUCUUAUGUGUGAAUCCAGUUUCAUAGUUGAAUGUUGUAAAGUAACAAUGUACAGUCCCCUCCAAUAGUUCGUUUAUGUGGGGCUCGUCAGGUUUGGUGCAGUGUGGCAGCCCUGUGUUUGUUUACAUUCGACAGGUGGAAACUCACAAUAAUAAACACACUAUGGAAUCAAAGUAAAACAAUAUUAAAACAAAUAUUUCAAUGUAAUGAUUUGUAGAAUGUUUAUAUGAUGAGCCCCUGUAAACGCAGAUGGAUUUAGUAACCAAGUAUUUUUAACUCGCAGGUUGCUAUGUUUAACAGGACCAGAUUGACCAGGUGACGGUCGUUAAGGUAUAUAUAUACCCAGCACACCUUACAGUGGACGCAACGAUAACACCUUCCUCGUGUGUCACCCAAGGUAAUGAUAAUGGCUCACUCUCCCUUGUGAAGAAAGAUAAUGACAAAAUAUUUCCCUUUUGUUAGCGGAAACAUUUAUUCUUUGCUGAUACACAUUUAUCCCUCUUUACCGGUGGACCUUUGCUAUAUUCCUGUGGCAUUUUAUAUAUCUGUGAAUUAAUGUAACACUCAACUGUUUAUAUUCUAAAGAGUUCAGUACAUUACUUCAGAGUUGAUGUCUGUGUGUGUGUAAAAAAGAUGUCUAAACACACCAAAAUUCAGUCAUGUCAUCUUAUAGAUUUCAUCUCUGAUAAGAUCCUUGAAACCGUCCAAAGGUUCACCUGGUCUGGGAAGAUACACCUUAACAUGUCCACAAUCCAGGUGUAUUUUAGAUUGCGGUGUUUUUGUUCUCUUCUGUUUUUUUUUGGCCUAAAUAUACUUUAACAACACUCUAGGGACAACCACCAUUACACUUGUGACGACUCUCUCUCCUCCUCACUCAUAACAACCACUUGCUCCAACCUGACACCGGGAGAAGAAACUGCUUCACGAAGCUACUAGACCCCAGUGAGCACCGAUCAGAACCAGUUUCCCAUCCGACUAUGAGACCGAGGUAUCGAGGCAAGAGUGUCUGCCUGGUAAGCUGAGUCUCUUUGCGCCCUACGGGGUGCCUCUUCUGCCGGGGUGUGGACGAAGGAUUGUAUUACGGACUACUGCUGGUGGUGUUGUGAUGGUUUGCUGGUAGUGGACUACAGCGGUAAUCCCUGGUUCAUUGCGGUUGGCCCUCGCAGCCUCGACAUGUUACCUGAGCUGCCAUUUCUAUCAGGUUUUUGUGUUGUUUAUAGUAUGUGUAUUUAAUGUUUAAAGUAAGAAUAAUCAGGUUAUAUUCUGGUGAGAUUUGUACUUUUGUGUUUUACUUGUGUUAUGUAAUGUACCUAAUUAGCUAUAUUAAUCAAUCCUUUAUAAUAUAAAUGUUAUUAAAUGACUCGGUUGACAUAAUACUCUUAUCUUUCUAAUAACUUAAAUUAGUGUCAUGAUAACAGUGAUUCUUCUGAGAGCUCCUUACUUGCUGCAUCCACGUAUUUCAACCCCUAGAUUAUUCACUCAUUAUUUUAACUUGUCAACUUUGCUUUUCCUCAAUGUUGUUUGUAGCAAGGAGGGACAUCACUCACUGUUAAGAGAUGACAACAUACAGUACAUGACAAUAUAUAUGAAAAGAGCCACAUGACAUCAAUCUAACCAGACAUUACCUGAUGAAAUCUAUAAUAUAAAAAAGAGAGACAAUUUAGACACACGGGACAUGGAACACCUCUUAUACCACAGAGACAACACCUGUCAUUAACAAGUUCACUGGUGGACACGACGAUAAUAUUCUGUAGCUAGUAACAAGUCGAGAACCAACAUUGAUGCCUGAUAACUGCUAGUAACAAGUCGAGAACCAACAUUUAUGCCUGAUAACUGCUGGUAACAGGUUAGGUUAGUGUUCGCCAACUAUAUCUGAUGUUUGAUAACUUCAUUACUGUACCCCUGAAGAAAUAUUUUGAUACGGUAAGAGAAUACUGACCAUCAUUAUGCUGAUCUUACACAGCCCCUCACACCACAUACUCUGUGUGUACAUAAGAAUAGUAAUUAUGCCUUUAACUAGGUGAUUAGAAUCGUUGGUUUGUUGAAUUAGAUGGCCAGUGACCUAUGGGGGAAAUGAUCACACCGAUAAUGACAAGACUAUAAGGAAUGAACGUAUAAUAACAGUUAGUAUCAGUGGUAAAGUCGUCGCCUUAAUAAACGUAUGUGUGUGUAGAUGGACAAGUGUGUUAUUAAGGGGUUGGCGCCAGUACUAUUUAAGGCGUGCAGAGGUCAUCACUCCACUUGUUCCGAACCAUUGGUCUCAUGAGUGUCCGCUCACCCCGCCUCUGUCCUCCAGGUCGUGACCACUCAAGGUCGACCUGACUCUUGGCCAAGGCACACAAGUUGCUUCCUACACCUGUACUGCUUCCUACACCUGUACUGCUUCCUCCACCCACCUGUACUGCUUUCUACACUUGUACUGCUUCCUACACCCACCUGUACUGCUUUCUACACUUGUAGUGCUUCCUACACCUGUAUUGCUUGAAACCGGAUUUUCUAUAGGUUUAAGCGUUUGGUAGGCUGUUACAGUGGUAGGAACAGUAGUACAGGAUUCCGUAGUAAUCAAUACAGUAGUACGGGGGAGUGGCAGGUUGUUACAGUGAUUCAGGAUACAUUUGGCCGUAGUUUAUAUCCAAGAGGUCAAAGCAUGGCGAUAUCAAUACCAGAAAUUAUAAAUAAGAUAAAAAAAUGCAAAGUCUCCCUCGACCUGUGUAAAUAAAUUUGUCCUGACUGUCUUAAAUCGCUGUUGACAAUGUAGGCGGUGGCGGGAAGUAAACAAACAAUUCCACCAAUCUGCUGUAGUGAUGCUGUUGACGAUUACAUUUUUUUUUAUGUUUU